AAAAUCCUUGGGAUAAACAAAACAAUCAAAACGAAUCUCCAACGGCUCCUCCUCCUCGGUGUUUCCAGUUCUUCAUUUAUGUGACCGUUUCUGGGCCCCACCCUUUUCAAACACAUCAUAUAUACCUUCUCACCACACCACCACCUUAACACAACAAACACAACUGCUUCUCUUCCUUUCACAGAAAUUAAGUCUUCAAACAAACUAAUCAUGACUGCUCAAGAAGAAACCCAGAACGUUGAGGUUGUUGCAUCACCACAAGAAGGUAAAGUUGUUGAUGUUGAAGAAGAAAAAGUUGAAACAAAUGAAUCAGUGGAUGAUGAAUCCACCAAACCUAUAAAGGCAGUUGAGAAAUGUUCUUCUUACAAAGAAGAAAGCAAUUUCCUUUCUGAUCUCAAAGAGUUUGAGAAAAAGGCUUUGGUUGAACUCAAGUCAAAGCUUGAGGAAGCAAUUUUAGGGAACACCCUUUUUGAGAAAAAACAAGAAGAGACUAAAAAGGUUGAAGCUUUAACUGAAGGCGGUGAAGAGUGUGAGAAAGAAGAGAAUGUUGAAGAGGAGAAAAGGGUUGAAGAAGAAGAGGAAAAUGAUUUGUCUAUAUGGGGUGUGUCUCUUUUGCCAAGCAAAGGUGAUGAAGGAAUUGAUGUUGUUUUGUUGAAGUUUUUGAGGGCUAGAGAGUUUAAGGUGAAUGAUUCAUUUGAGAUGUUGAAGAAGACACUUAAAUGGAGGAAGGAAAUGAAGAUUGAUUCUGUUUUGGAUGAAGUUUUUGAUUCUGAUUUGGCUUCUGCUGCUUAUAUGAAUGGUGUUGAUCGUGAAGGACACCCUGUGUGUUACAACAUCUAUGGUGUUUUUGAUGGUGAAGAGAUUUAUCAAAAGACUUUUGGGAAUGAGGAAAAGAGAAGUGAGUUUUUGAGAUGGAGGUGUCAAGUUAUGGAGAAAGGUAUUCAGAAGCUGAAUUUGAAACCAGGUGGUGUUUCUUCUUUGCUUCAAAUCAAUGACCUUAAAAAUUCACCUGGCCCAUCAAAGAAAGAUCUUAGAAUUGCAACAAACCAAACUGUUUCAAUGUUGCAGGACAAUUAUCCUGAAAUGAUGGCCAAAAAUAUUUUCAUCAAUGCUCCUUUCUGGUAUUAUGCACUCAAUGCACUUUUAUCUCCUUUCUUAACACAAAGAACAAAGAGCAAAUUUGUGGUUGCUCGUCCUGCUAAGGUUACUGAAACGUUGAUCAAGUACAUUCCAAUUGAGGAGAUCCCAGUUAACUAUGGUGGUUUCAAGAGGGAAAAUGAUUCUGAGUUCUUUGGCCAAGAGGCUUCUGUUUCAGAACUCAUUCUCAAGGCUGGAUCAACUGCAACUAUUGAAAUUCCUGCAUUGGAGGUUGGAAACACUUUGAGCUGGGAUUUGACUGUUUUGGGUUGGGAGGUAAGCUAUAAGGAGGAAUUUGUUCCAAAUGAUGAAGGCUCUUAUACAGUGAUUGUUACAAAAGGGAAGAAAAUUGGUUCACAAGAAGGAGCAAUUAGGAACAGUUUUAAGAACAAUGAAGCAGGGAAAGUUAUCCUCACAAUAAACAACACAUCAAACAAAAAGAAGAGGGUUCUGUACCGUUACAUGACCAACAAAAGCUCACCAUGAAAAUUCAAUUAUCAAGUUCAAUUUUUUGUUCCAUUGUGUUUUUGGUAUCAUUUAGAUUUUGAAAGUAGGUGAAAUGUGUGAAGAGUUUGUAGUAGACUGAAAAAACGCAGGCAUUCUUUGAUUUGUUAUUAUUACAUAUUCUCUUUUCUUUCAUUUUUUUUAAGUAAAAUUGAUGGAGACUAUUCAUUUUCUUUGCCAAUGAUCUACUUCUUAUUUUGACGUGAAUAA